AUGCAACAAAGAGAGAAAUCAAAGUCCAACGUUCUAUCAGCUUCUGGUAUCACUCCUGAAAUAAAGCCUUCAGGUUCUGAUAUAGAUAGGCAGUCAAUUCAUUCUCGCAGGAAAAGCUCACUUGCACUCGAAACAGCUGAGAAAGGCUUUCAGGAAACCAAAAAGUUUGAAUAUAAAGCAGAAAAAAUGGCAUUAAACAAUAAACAAAAUAGAAAAUGGCUCCCAGCAGUAGGCUUUAUUUUACUCCUUAUAUUUGUGACAUGGCUCCUUAUUACUGAACAUAAACCUAACUAUGACUCGGAUCAAUCAAUUUCUGUUGACCAUGACACGUCCGUUCAGGAAACUGACAUUUCAAAGAGCACGUCUUCUCAUUGUACUGUUGCGCAUCCAGGACGUCAAUUAAUCCAGUAUGCGCUGAUGAUUGACGCUGGUUCUACUGGAUCUCGUAUUCAUGUGUACAAAUUUAAUUAUUGUAAAGCCUCUCCUGAAUUAGAGGAUGAAGUAUUUCACCAUAUUAAACCAGGUCUUUCUGCUUACCCCGACGACCCUGACGCAGCUGCACGAAGUUUGGAUGUAUUGUUAAAGGUAGCUCUGGAUAAUGUUCCUAAAGAAUUACAGCACUGCACACCAGUUUCUGUAAAAGCAACGGCCGGAUUACGUUUAUUAGGUCAAGAAAAAAGUACACAUAUUCUGGACGCUGUUUAUAACCAUUUAGAAACAAAUUACCCUUUUUACAUUAUUGAAGAAGAUGGUGUUGUAAUCAUGGAUGGUAAAGAUGAAGAAAAAUUACAAACUGCUGCAAUAUUUGAUCUUGGUGGUGGUUCAACGCAAAUAGUAUUUGAGCCGGAAAUGACAGAUGGUGACGAAGUUGCAGAGGGUGAACAUAAAUACGAAUUAGAAUAUGGAGGUCACAAAUAUGUUCUUUAUCAACACUCCUAUUUGCAUUAUGGACUAAUGGAGGCAAGGAAAGCAAUUAAGAAUUUUGCGGUUAAUAUAUGGCGUGACAAAAAGAGUGAUUCGAUAGAUGUUGAUUCUGAACAUAUUUCUUCAAAAAAUCACGUUCCUCAUCCCUGCUUCCCUAAAAAUUACACUGAACCAUUAUCUGGUGAGGAUAGCACCAUGCUUAUUGGAACUGGUGCUGGACAUGCUCAGUGCCGGUCCGUCGUAGAGCAAGUGCUUAAUAAGACGGAAACAUGUUCUUUAUCACCUUGUUCGUUUAAUGGUGUAUAUCAACCACCUAUCAGCGAAACGUUUUCGAAUAAUGAAAUAUACAUAUUUUCAUAUUUUUACGAUCGAGUUAGUCCGUUAGGUAUGCCGUCCGAAUUCUCUCUUAAAGAGCUCCGGGAUCUGACCGACGAUGUAUGCAUUGGAAAUAUUAAUCAAUUCGAACAUUUACCGGAGGCGAUGAAAGAACUUCAAAAGAAUCCUCAUUAUUGUAUGGAUUUAUCAUUUAUAUAUGGAUUAUUGCAUAUUGGGUACGAAAUUCCACUAGAAAGAGAGGUUAAAAUGGCUAAAAAGAUAAAGGGAAUUGAAACUGGAUGGUGUCUUGGUGCUGCAAUUUCAAUAUUGGAUCAAAAGCAAUGGUGCAAACUAUAA